AGCACCAAACUUGAGAGCAUAGCUAGCAUAUGAAGUAGAUAUAUACCAGACUUUUUAAAAAGAAAAACAAUAUCUCAUAACUCGAAUAUAUCAUCGUCUCUAAGUCUACUUGCUCAAAGACAGAUAGUUAAACUUUGACAAUAAUUGUUCGAGUUUUUGAUUGGCCUGGUUUGUUUUGCUUUGAAAACUGAACAAAUUUUUCACAUUAUUAGUCUUCGAUUGAACGUCAGAACACAUAAAGUUAAAAACUUCUCUCAGUAAAUUGUUCAAAGUGCGUGAAACGUCCUGAAAAUGGUGGUCGAGCUAAAACCGACUGCAGUAAAAACCGAAGAUGGAAAGCCAAAGAAAGACUUUUCUGACUUCGUGCCAAUUUCUGUUCCCACUGCACGGAAAAAGAAGGCGGCGGUUGGAUGCUGCACCGUGUUUGCAGCUGUUGCGGUCGUCGCCAUUGCACUGAUGGUUCUCGGAGUGGCCGGGUACUUCGCGACUGAGGCUCUCAUGAAAGGAAGCGGCAAGGAGGCCGAAAUUAUUUGCAAAAAAGACAACUGCGAGGAUGCCUAUGAAUGUGGCCACUUGCACGGAGUGCAGCAGUGCCAAGACGAAGAUGUGUCUGACAGGGCUGAGAAAGUCUACGAAGACUGGAUGGAUCUGGUCGAGGGCAGAAAUGUGCAAUUUCGCGAGUACAUCAAAAAAGAGGAUGGCGUUUACACUCUGGAAGUGGUUCCGCUGUGUGAUGCCAAGCCCACCUUCAUCCUAGUGGACACCAACGAAGACUACUCCGUAGUCAAGGCGGAGAUUAAGGAAGGACAAGGUUACCAGUGCAUGUUGUUCGACAAUGCUGACUUCGUCCACGAAGUGCAGGAGGAGCUGGAGGAGUUCGAGUACGAUGACGACACCGAAGAGUACGAGAUCCGAGUGGAGAGAAUCACCUCCGCCUUUUUCGACUUCGGAUCCCCUGUCACGUCCGAGGAGAGACAACUGCUCACUGAACAAGUGAACGAACUGUGCCCUGACGGUACCAUGAGGAUGUACCACAUGGUCAAAUCUGACGAUACCUUCCGAGCUCAAGUCGGAGACCUAAUGAACCGAUGGGGGAUCACCGCAGACGACAUCUUCGAGUAUUUCGCCGACAUCUACGAGGCCUUGGUCGAAGAGGACGACCGAGCAGUCCAGGAACUGAUGGGCCAGUACCGGGAGAUUGUGGGAUUCCUGCCGACGGGAUCGUACAGUGAUGUUUCUCAGAGCGGAGUGGGGUGGUCGUUGAACGUCAAUGUGAAUACCUGGUACUCGUACUUUUGGGGAGGUACCGUACGAGAGCACAGCGCUGUAUUCACUGUGGAUGAGGGAAACUUGGAUCAAGUCGUAGAAGAUGACGCUGCUGUUGAAAAUGCCCAACUAUAAGGAGGUCUCAACUACAGGAAGGAAGCUCGGACCAAAACUCAGAAGGAAGUGAUCCACUUGAUAAAACUUAUGACGGACUGGAAUUAAACUAUGUACAUAAGAAGUAGAUAGAUGAACAAUGGUAUGGGAGAUGAAUGAAUUAAUGCAAAUUACCUUAAAUUUUUUUGCAACACCUAUUAAUUACAUCGCAUUGAUUCUCGUUGUAAAUAGUCUUGCAAAAUUCAAUAUUUUGUUUAGAA